AUGCUGCAGACAGAUGAGAAAGGUAGAUUUGAGCUGUACUGUAAUGGGGAAGGUGUGUUGUUUGUGUCGCCAGAGCUCCGGCAGCUGAUUCCGGCUGUGGAUUAUUCUGCUGACUGUGACCUAUGUCAAGUGUGGGGGAGUGUCUCUUGGUGUGGGGUUACACCAUACUCUUGCAGAUGGAAUCUCAGCUCUCCAUUUCAUCAAUGCAUGGUGCGACAUGGCACGUGGCAUACAUCUGAGGAUCCCACCUUCUUGGAUAGGACUCUACUCCGUGGUCGAGACCCACCCAUCCCUGCAUUUGAUCACACUGAAAACUACUCUCCUUCCUCCUCAACCCUUAGACCACCUCCAAAAACAACUUCCACAGCCAUCUUGAGAAUCACAGCUGACCAGCUUGCCAUUCUGAAAACCAAGUUGAAGGGAGAGAAAGACCAAAAAAGGUACAGCACCUAUGAGGCAAUGGCUGCUCACCUGUGGCGCUCUGCAUGCAUGGUCCGUGGACUUCCUGAUGAUCAAGAUACCAAGCUCUAUAUCACUACCGAUGGACGGUCCAGAUUAAUCCUACCUCCUGGCUAUUUUGGCAAUGUUCUCUUCACAACCACAUCAACUGCUCCAUCAGGGGAGAUUCAAUCGCAACCAUUUAGGAGCACCGUAGACAGGAAUCACAAUGCUCUAUCACGAAUGUGUGAUGAUUAUCUGAGGUCAGCUCUAGACUACCUCGAGUUGCAGCCUGAUCCAACGGCUCUGAUUCGAGGGGCCCACACUUUCAAUUCCCCAAACCUCAACAGUCAGUUAGAUUAG